GCGGCAUGAAAGCAAAUCAUAGGCAGAUUUGCGACGAGUGGGGUCUUCACGCUGUACAGUUUGCGACGGUGCCCUCAACGGCAAUGGCGAGCGUGACGGAUAGCGGCAGUGAGAAGAUGGCGGAGGAAGAACGGAAUGCCAAUGCCGAGAAACUCAAGGAGAAGGCCAAUACUUACUUUAAAGACAAAGACUAUGAGAACGCAAUCAAGUAUUACACAGAGGCGAUCGAGCUGAACCCUACUAAUGCCAUCUACUUUAGCAACCGCAGUUUGGCCUACCUGCGCACAGAGUGCUAUGGCUACGCCCUGGCCGACGCCACCAGGGCACUGGAGGCGGAUAAGAACUAUAUCAAAGGCUACUACCGACGGGCCACUUCCAACAUGGCACUGGGCAAGUUCAAGGCCGCGCUCAAGGAUUAUGAGACGGUAGUAAGGGUGAGGCCCAAUGACAAGGAUGCCAAGAUGAAGUACCAGGAGUGCAACAAGAUCGUCAAGCAGAAGGCCUUUGAGCGGGCCAUCGCCAGUGACGAACUUAAGAGAUCGGUGGUCGACUCCUUAGACAUUGAAAACAUGACGAUUGAGGACGAGUACACAGGUCCCAAACUAGAGGAGGGGAAAGUCACGCUGAAGUUCAUGAAGGAACUAAUGGCCUGGUUCAAGGACCAGAAGAAGUUGCACAGAAAGUGUGCCUACCAGAUGCUGAUCCACGUUAAAGAGGCUUUAUCCAAACUUCCUAGUCUUGUUGAGAUUACGCUUAAAGAGACAGAGAAAAUCACCAUUUGCGGUGACACACAUGGUCAGUACUAUGACCUCCUCAACAUUUUUGAGCUGAACGGUUUACCAUCCGAGACCAACCCCUACCUGUUUAAUGGGGAUUUCGUUGACCGCGGCUCGUUCUCAUUAGAGGUCAUCCUCACACUCUUCGGCUUCAAGCUGCUCUAUCCCGACCACUUCUUCCUGCUGAGGGGUAACCACGAGACGGACAAUAUGAACCAAAUGUACGGCUUCGAGGGUGAGGUGAAGGCCAAGUACACGGCACAGAUGUUCCAGCUGUUCAGCGAGGUCUUCCAGUGGCUGCCACUCGCACAGUGCAUCAACGGCAAAGUGCUGGUGAUGCACGGAGGCCUGUUUAGUGAGGACGGCGUAACCUUGGACGACCUGCGAAAGAUUGAGAGGAACAGACAGCCUCCAGACUCCGGUCCCAUGUGUGACCUCCUGUGGUCUGACCCACAGCCUCAGAACGGGCGCUCCGUCAGUAAGCGAGGCGUGAGCUGCCAGUUUGGGCCAGAUGUGACGCAGCGCUUCCUGGAGCAGAACAAGCUGGACUACAUAAUACGCAGCCACGAGGUCAAGGGCGAAGGCUACGAGAUCACCCACUCAGGGAAGUGCAUCACCGUGUUCUCGGCGCCCAACUACUGUGACCAGAUGGCUAAUAAAGGAGCCUAUAUCCACCUCAAGGGAUCUGAUCUCAAGCCAGAGUUUCACCAGUUCACUGCUGUGCCUCAUCCGAAUGUCAAGCCCAUGGCAUACGCCAACACCUUGAUGCAGCUGGGCAUGAUGUAGAGGCUACGCUGCGUUUGUCCGAGUCUUCGUCUCAGUCUGCUGGACCACAGUUGGACAGCAGCUGGUCACCUGCUCUCUCCUCCGUGCACUCUAGCACCCCCCCCCCCCCUCCCGCCCCGGCCCACCCUCCCACUAUCACCAACCUCCCCGACAGUCCCUACAGCCACUAGACACACUCUCAUUCCAGGUUUUGCAGUAGUGGGGUCUCUAGCGCACACACACACACACACACGGCCACACAUAAACACACACACACACACACACUCGCAUAAACAAGAUACAACAACAUAGACAAAGGUGUGUACGCACACAUUUACCAGGCUCAGUUUACAUAUUGUUUUGUUUCAGGACGCUGGGGUGCUAACUCUGGGUGGCCGAGGGUUGGGAUUGUGCUUAUCAAGCUGUAUUGGCAAAGUAGGAAUCAGCCCUUGUUUGUCAGUAUACACCAGAGUAUGGAGGGGUAUGGGGGACAUAGUCAAUGUAUCUUUUCUCUCUCUCUCUCUCUCUUCUUUCUCUCUCUCUUUCUCUCCCCCCCCCCUCUCUCUUUUCUCACUUGUGCCCUCUCUAACUAAUUUUGGAGCUGCUAGGGAUUUUUCUGGUUUCAUUGCUUGACGUACUCCGCUGUGACGUCACUCAGCCAGAGCUGGAUUGUACCAAAGAUCUGAUGUGGAUUUAUGGGGAAGUGAAGAUCAGAUCCCUUCCCUUAAACUGACGACUGACAUCCCACCCCACCCCAUUUCCCUCCAUCCAGUCAUCCUUCCAUUCAUCCACCCAUGUCCUAUCGUACUCCAGGCUCAUCUGAAACCCCGUCCAUCUCAGCCUAGCCAAACCCAACCCAGCCCAGCCCAGCAGAGUGAUGAAGGGAUGUGUGUCUGUGAUUCUGCAGCUUUCAGAGCCAUAAUUGGCUGCCAGCACUUUUUUUUUUUGAUUGACUGCAAUUAAACUAAACCUGUGCUUUCGCUGUCACAAGUUCACCAAGUCAUCUCAGGAGAAUGUUAGACACACCCACACACACACACACACACAGACAGACUCGGCUGUUUUGUUUUCCUCGAGAGUUGGUAUCUGCUCAGCUUGGCCUCCACUUCUUGUUGUCUUUUUGGCUCUCUGUCACGUAAGAGAGGAUUUUUUUUUUUUUUUCUCCAGUUAUUGUGGCUAGACGAUAGGCCAGGACACACCCACGCUGGGCAGAGGCCCAGACGACAACUGACCAAUCAUUUAGUAGCACUUAACAGCUCAUCGCACUGUCACCUCUGGAACCAGCUCUCUGGGUCAGCACAGUAUUAACCACUGAGUCCAUCUCCGUUCUGUUGGCAGCUAUCACACACAUCUCUCAUCCCUCCUUCCUUCCCUCCUUCCUUUGUUCCCUUCUGUUUUUUUUAUUUCCAUCCCCCAUUCCUUUCUCUUCCGUAUGCACCGAUGAUGCUCUUUGACCCUCAGUGUGUAUAUGUGUGUAUUCAACAGUGUCCUCAGCAGUAUAUGUACCGAUAUAGACACAUGAGCAGAUGUCCGGAGACCCGCCCCACCAUCCACACCCUCCCUCAAUAUCUCUCUUUCUCUCUAUUCUCUCCUUAUCUCUCUGUCUCUCUUAAAAAGCGCACAGCAGUUGUUCUCCAUGCUCCCCUUUUUAGAUAAUAUUAUAUACACAAAUGUGUAUGUAUAUAUACUGUAACAUUAAAAAAAAAUCCUGUGUACAUGUUUGAAAAAAAAGUUAUUAAAAAAAACACCAGUCCAUUGAUUUUAAA